UGGCCUUGGGAGACGUGCCCGAUGGGACGCUGGUAACGGUGAUGGCUGGAAACGACGAAAACUACUCUGCAGAACUCAGAAACGCCACAGCCGCCAUGAAAAACCAAGUAGCAAGGUUCAACGACCUCCGGUUCGUGGGUAGAAGUGGAAGAGGGAAAAGCUUCACGCUGACUAUCACGGUCUUCACAAAUCCGCCGCAAGUAGCCACAUACCACAGAGCCAUCAAGAUAACGGUGGACGGACCUCGCGAACCCAGAAGACAUCGUCAGAAAAUAGAUGAGCAGACAAAGCCCGGGAGCUUGUCCUUUUCAGAGCGCCUGAGUGAACUGGAGCAGUUGCGUCGUACGGCCAUGAGGGUCAGCCCACACCACCCAGCCCCCACACCCAACCCACGAGCCUCCUUGAACCACACCACUGCUUUUAACCCUCAGCCUCAGAGUCAGAUUCAGGACACAAGGCAGGUACAGCCAUCUCCGCCAUGGUCCUACGACCAGUCCUACCAGUACCUGGGCUCCAUUGCCACCCCCUCCCUGCACCCCGCCACACCAAUAUCACCCGGCAGGGCUAGCGGCAUGACAUCCCUCACCGCAGAGCUUUCGAGCCGGCUGUCAAGUGCUUCUGACUUGACUGCCUUCAGUGACCCCCGGGUGGGAAUCGACCGCUCCUUCUCCGCGCUUCCCUCCAUCUCCGACCCUCGGAUGCACUACCCGGGAGCAUUCACCUAUACGCCGACGCCCGUCAGUUCAGGGAUAGGAAUCGGCAUGUCUGCCAUGUCCACAGCCACGAGAUACCACACGUACCUCCCGCCUCCCUACCCUGGCUCAUCGCAGGCCCAAGGCAGCCCAUUCCAGACCAGCUCGCCCUCCUACCACCUCUACUACGGAACCUCUGCCGGCUCCUAUCAGUUCUCCAUGAUCUCGGGGGGAGACCGGUCCCCCCCACGCAUCCACCCCCCCUGUACCAACGCCUCCACGGGAUCGACACUCCUCAACCCCAACCUCCCCAACCAAAGCGAUGUGGUUGAGGCAGAAGGGAGCCACAGCAACUCCCCCACUAACAUGGCGACCACAGCGAGGCUAGAGGAAGCGGUGUGGCGACCAUACUGAAAAAAUUUCGAGUAGUUAUGGGCCAGGACUAACGUGAUUUCCAUUUCCCGGUGCCCGUAGGUAUCCCAUAAACACCUGUCAUGCUUAUGGGCCCUGCCAUGUUCGUACAUCACUUUGAGAAGGAAACCCUCCAGAAGCCAGCGCUCCCAGGAGCGGUGGCAUGCAUUAGCCAGCCCCUGGCGAAGCGACUUCGCUCCAGCAAAGCAACCCUCGCAGGGGGCUGAGCUUCUGGAAAGGAGGACGCCUGAGUUGGUGGUCCAGAGGUAGCGAGGAUGGGUAGAAAAGUACCCCAUCUGUUUUCCAGGCCUGUGGCUUUCUAACAUGCCUGGGCUUGAAGGUCUCUACAGCCCUAAAGAGAGUUUCGGUUCACUUCUAUUUUUAAGACUUAAAACCUAAAAAAGAUCUUAGUGAGUUUACUGCAUCUUAUGGACAUAUUAACUGUAAGGAAGUAUAGGAAGAUUCCCAGAGGGAAACUGUGAACGCUUCUGUUUUAGCAAUGCUGUGAAUGAGAGGUUUUAUAUGUUGAACUUCAUUCUUUCUUCUUUUUU